ACACUUGCUUAGCAUUACAUACAAUUGGUGUUUUUUACAGCUGUUAAAAAAACUCAGCAAUUAGUUAUGUUUAGUUUUGUUAUAUAUAAUUAUAUAUCAGUACCUAAGAUAAAAAAUAGGCAAUACAAUAAAAUUGUAAUACAAAUAUUAUAAAUUUAAAAAUUUUACUGUCGUUUUGCAAGUGCAGUUUUAGUACAGAAAUCAAGAGCUGUUCAUUUGUUGCGGUUGAAUUAAUGUGAACACAUUUUAGUUGAACUCUGAAGUGAGAUCCUGAAAUCUGAUAUCUAACUUAUGCAAAAUUUUCAUUAAUAUUUUACAAUAUAAAAUUGCUUUGUGGUAGUAAAAAAUAGUUGUCUGUUUAUAUUUUAUUUAAUAUUACGUUGCUAUUCAUUCCAUUUACUUUAGUUUAGUAUUGUAUGUACAAUCAUCAAUGUGCAAUCAUCUUGAAUUUAUCAAACCUGUUUCAUUCCAAUGUUUCUGUUUGUCGUAAGUACAAUUUAUGAUUGUUUGAUUCAAAAUGGAAAAAGAGGCUUAGAGAAAAUUCAAUUUUAAAACAGUUUCGGAGUAAAUUUGCAACAAGCUAAAUGAAUGAACCUAAUAUAUGGAAUAAUUUUCUCUCCCCUCCCCUCCCCCCAAAUGAAGCCUGAAGGCCAGAUGUUGUGGAAGAGGGGGGAGGAGAUUAAGAGGAUGUUGUUAGUUGAGUAAGGAGUAUCAAAUGAAGACAAGAGGAAGAUAAUCUCUUCUGAACUGAAUGGUUCAGACUACAGAAGCCCUAUAUUUAAUCUAUUUCUGAACUCAAAGUUUAUAAAAUGUCAAUACCAAGCAUGAAAAGUGAAAUUGUGAAGAGUGCAUACAUUGGUUUCUGUUUUAUGGUAUUAUAUUCUGGAUUCUAUACCUUAUCAAAUUUGGAGAAACUGUUCCUAACCUCUGCUCGAAAGGAGAAUCCAUCUUUUAACGGAGAUGGAUACAUCAGUUUGGCCAUCGUUUUUGUCUCAUAUUCUGCCUCCAUGUGGUUGGUACUUCCUAUAAUCAGUGUAUGCGGCACAAAACUAACAUUUGUAGCUGGCUCCUUAGGAUACAGCCUGUUCAUAGCCUCGUUCCUGACAGAGUCCAGUUGGCUACUGUACGCAGGAUCGGCAUGUUGUGGGGUUGGAUCUGCCAUGAUCUGGCCGAUACAAGGCAACUAUAUGAUCCUCAUCUCAUCCAACCUCACAAUCACCAGGAACUUGUCCAUCUUCAACAUCAUCUGGCAGUCAUCAUUGUUUUACGGAAACAUUUUAGCCCUUUUCGUAUUCCAAGAUAAAGAGUACUUAGAUAAACAGUCACGUACAACUGUGAUCUUGGCAUUACUGGGGAUCUCUGCUUCAGCAACACUGUUUUUGCUCUUCCUGCCCACCCCGACCAGCAGUGAUGGGAAGGAUAUAAAAGAGGAUUAUGCAAGUCCUAUUGUGGCUCUGAAGAAGACAUGGGAAGUUGCAAUCACCAAAUAUAUGCUAAUUUUGUUUAUCCCCUUUGUAUUUAUGGGAUUUCAAGUGUGCUUCAUGUCUGGAGUGUACGGUUCAUGUGUGGGGUUCACCAAACAGCUGGAACACUCUGAACAGCUUGUUCCUCUUAUAGGAUUGAUUAUUGGAGUUGGAGAAAUUGUAUCUGCUCUGUGUUUGAUAUGUGUGGGUAAACACGUCACCUCGUGGAUAUGGGGACAGACUGUGGUGAUGAUUGUCGCUCUCGUUAUUGAAUAUUCAACAUUUAUUCUGAUAUUUCUCAAUUUACCUAACAACUCUGUAUUUGGAGAGACGAGUGACUCGGCCAUUUUACCAAGCAGCUGGUGGAAUGCAGUAUUAGCUGCAUUCUUGAUAGGUCUGUCAGAUGGCAUUUACAUGUCUAUGAUUCCAUCCAUGAUCGGCUUGCUGUUUCCCAGUGGUAGCGUGUACGGAUGUGCUGUGUUUACCUUCAUUUUGAGUGUAUUCUCUUCUGUGGGAUUCUUCAGUAGUAACUAUAUUGGUCUCUACUGGCAGUUGUUGAUCUUGGCAGUCACAGCUACGCUAGGUGCUCUCUGCUACGCUCAUGUCAGUCUGGAUGUCCAGAGACGAGUCGGCAAACAGGAAGAAACAAGCAAACUGUGAUAACAUUGAAACCGACUAAUUAUUUGAUCUGUAACAUCAUUGGAUUUAUGUAAAUGUAAUAUUUAAUCCAGAGACUGGACUACUAUAGAAUUUCAUUUUAGAUUUGCUGGCAAUGUAUUAAUUUUUCCAUGUAGAAACUCCACUUAAACCUCAUUAAAAUUGAUCAAAUUAUAACCUGGUCAACGUAGAUAUCAGCUGAAAAGUCUUGAUUGUGUGCUUCAGUAGUAUAAUUAUAUAAUGGAUUAAGUUCAAUUUGGAAAUGUCCUGUGGUUUUACCAAAAUGUGUUAUAAUUUGACAAUAUUGACUUAAAGUAAUAAAAAUAAUUGUAUUAACACGGAGUGUGAGUUUAAAAAUGUGUUUAAGAUUUCAAUUUUAUCCUAAGAAAAGUUAAUAUUUUCAGGAAAUACCACUUUUAAAACAGUUUUAAACUACUGCAUUAUAAUAAAUGCUCGAUUUGAAUUUUGGUAUUUUGUGUGCAAAUUUUUUUUGUUUCACAGUUCAAUCACUCAUCUGGAGAAAAUGUGUUGAAAUUAUUUUAUUCAUUUAACAGAUUAACUGUUGGUUAAAAGACUGAAAUUCAGUACAGUUAAAUUGUAUUGCUUAUUAUAAAAUAGUAAUUUAUUUUAGUAAAUAUAUAAAUGUUGUGAUGUUUAUUUGCAUAUAUGUAGACUAUUUAAAUAAAUUGUUUUGAGUA